AUGCACGUUGCACAAACGUCGGAACCGCGGCUUGGUAAACCUAUAUGCGGUAUCCGGUUUCCCUACGCAGCAGCGGUGACCCCCAACCAAUGUAAGCUUUGUUCAGCAGCUUUAAGAUUAGACGAACAUUAUCAUGUGGAAAGAAAACAGCGCUUCAAGCGAUUAAUAACUUACGACGUAAAAGGAUUGUUAAGGAUCCUAUUUAGGUCUAACUAUAAGAAGGCAAAG